CGCGAGCGUUAAGUGGAACGCAGUCAAUAUACAGAUGAUGAAAAUUAAUCCAGGACACAAGUGACCGAACAUGUGUAUUAAGGAUGCCAAAAACUAAGACUUGCCUGACUGGGUAAUCUUUGGCUGUAAAAAUGACAAGCAAUUUGUUAAUAUUCAUUCCACAAAUGCUGUGCACCGAAAAAUCCGGCUAUGUACUUGGUAAAGUAAUACAUGAUACCUGUAGUGGCUUAAAAAAGUUCUACAUCAUCAGUUUGCGUAAGAUGGGUCCAGUAGAAUCAACUAAGUCUGCGUUAGACGUUAUUGGAUAUCAUUCCAAUGAGAACGAGGCUAUUGAAGAAUUUUUGGAACGUAAACAUGCAAACUGGGUACACAUUGUGACAAAGCCUUCAGAGGAUGGACGGGACAAAGAUUAUUGUCUGUUGAAUAUCACUCUUAACAAUAAGAAAGUUGAUCUGUCAGCAAUGCGCACGACGAUCGUUUUGUAUAAUCAGCGGGCUCUGCAGGAAACAGAAUUGUUUGAGAGCAAGACAACGUCGGGCGAUCACUUUCACGAGCUUGCUAAGCUUGUACAGAGCAAGAAGGACGAAUUGGAUGUCAAGUCUAGAUUUGUUCGUAUCUGGGAGAGUCUGCUGAUUUAUCACAUGUCAUUUUAUUUGCACCUUGUCUUGUUACUAUCCAAGGUAACGAACAGAUUAUUGCCGAUUUUGAAGUACUCUUCCCUUGGCUUGCAUAUUCAUGACUGGCUUGAGAAUGUCAAGUGGAUGUUAGCAACAGUUAUAAGGAAUAGAGGCUUUAAACUGAAAACAGGAAACUAUGCUCUAGCAAUUGUAAUAGAUAUGGCACUAGGAAUCUUCGUAUUGCGAUUACUGAGAUAUUAUAUCGAAGAUCAGCCGUCACAGCUCCUUCUAAACAAUGCAGAGAAAGUCGUGGAGAGUUUAAAGGAGCUAAUUAAUUGGUUGAUGGGUGUACCAGCUGGCCUAAAGCUUAAUCAUGCCUUAAACAAUACUAUGGGCAAGUUCUUCUUGUAUCAUAUUCAGCUCUGGUGGACAUUUCUAAUAUUCUCGAAGCCACUUUUGAAUCUCGCGUUCGAAAUACUGCUUUUGUUUGGAAGUUUCGGCAUCACGUUUCAAAUAUCCAUCGUCGCAGACCUUCUAGCUCUAGUCAGUUUCCACACGUACUGCAUUUACGUUUAUGCAGCAAGGCUCUUUAAUAUUCAGCUGAGAGGAAUCACGGCUCUCUUUAGACUUUUCCUUGGAAAGAAGAAGAAUCCCCUGCGCGAAAGAGUGGACUCUUGUCUGUAUCAGACGGACCAGCUGUUCGUCGGGACGCUGUCAUUCACCAUUCUUCUGUUCCUAAUGCCUACAACGUGGGUGUACUACACUGUAUUUACUCUACUCAGAUUAGUGUCCAUUGCAUUUGGCGGUUUUCUGACCAGACUGAAGUUCUAUCUGCAAGUUAUGCCUGUUUACACCUUUUGGAGGUGGUUGCUGCGGUCUUACUGCACUUGUAGUAUUGCUGACAUCAGAUUACAUCCUUCCUGUACGAAAGAAGUGACAGUAUUAUCGAUGACGAUGGUUGUGGCUCCUUGGAGGCUCACAUGGAAAAAGUGUAUUCCAGACACAAUUAUUUACUAUCCAUCCAUCGAGUGGUGUACAAUAUUGAAUAAUGUUAUAUGGGGCCAUUUAUUGUAUCCGUUAUGAAGAAACAUUACAUUAAAUGUAUUAAUAUUUUUUAUUUACACACUAAAAGACAUUUUCUUA